AUGGAAGAUCUCAUGAAGGAAAUCGACCAAAAAAAUGCUGCCAUCCGAGCCUGCGAGAAAGAGAAGAACGAACGUCUUCGCCACAACGUGGAGAAGCUAGAGAAGAGCUUGGACCAGCUACGAGAAGAAUGUCGUGCGGCUGACAACACCAUCGCAGAGAUUCGUAAUCAGGAGCUCAUCGAAGACCAUGAACGCUACAAGCUCGAGACUCAAGAAACUAUAAGCCAGCUUACGAGCGAGAAGGAAACGGUGGAGCAACGAGCCGCUGCAGCGGCCCAAGAAGCGCAAGCUCUCAGGAAGCAACUGGCUGCUUCAGAGGCUAUGCACAAUAGCAGGUUUAUUGAGAUGAAGGAAAUGCUGUGGGAGCGCAACGCACAAAUUGAGAAGCUCCUGCGCAGUAAGGAGCAGGAGAAGGAUGCCGCGGCAAGGCAAUCUGCUCAACUCAACCAGAUUCUCGAGAAGGAAGGGACAAACGUGCAGCCGCGUUGCGAACUCACCUCCGUGAACCCGUUGCUGGUGGAGACGGCAGACUUGCAGUCACCAACGGCGACCGCGCUGACAACAUCGCUGCUGACGAAGGUAGCUGACGAUGUGUCUAAGGGAUCUGCUGCCCUCGUCUCUCCUCUGCUUGAGGGGAAAGCUGACCAGAUGUCUUCAGCUGCAGCUAGGAUGUCUACUUUGCUGCCAUCUCAAAUGACAGAAAAAUCACCUUCGCCGUUUGUUGAUGUCGUCAACUCGCCUGAAGAAAUGAUGCAACCUUUUUCAUUGAACGAAGUAAACCGAAACCCAACUCCGACAAGUGCAACGGGGGUCGCAACAUGGAGCGUAGUAGCCAAGACUGAUGAUGCCUCAACGACGCCCCUGAAGCCAAACAUCAGGAAUGCAUCAUUUUUUUCAAACAAAAAAGACGAAAUCUUCACUAAACCAAGCAUCACCGCCGGCCCCCUGCAAGAAAAGCGCGUGGAGAACGGAGCAAAGAAGUCGACGCAUCUUCCUACGUUUUCGUACUUAAAGAGGGGAAUCCUAAAGGACCACAAUUCGAGCGCAAGUUAUGGGAAGAGCAAGCGCGUGGUCUUCAACUCGCCGGCGUCUGUGUACCACAUCGGGUCAGACAGCUCGGAUACUUACGAGAUUGCGAGCGACGUAGAACGAUAUGUGAAAGAAAAACCUUUGAGCCAAGUGCAAGCAAGUGGCAGGAUCCUCAUCAACCCGCGUCCCAGCGCUAAUGUGGCUCCUCUGCCCAGGAAUGAUCGUUAUUCUCGUGCCAACAAGAAAGCCCGCGUGGAGACUCGAAGAACUUACAGCGGCCCUCAGAUGAUGCCGUCACAGAGCGAUGUCCGAGUGCCGGCACCGCCCUUAAUCUGCACUCCUAUCCGUCGACUCUCCAUGAUGUCUUCCAGCCGAGAAAAUAUCGCUGAAGUCAACGACAGCUCAUUCGAAGAUGCCGCUCAACAAAACUGUGGACAAGUCUAAACCUCUACACUAGAGCUGUGACUGUAUCAUUGUAUGCACAUUGCACACUUUGCACAGGCAAUUUCGUUUUGUAUAACAUUGUUAACACAAACACUCAAACAUUAGGCUAAGUCGAGAAACUGCAUUCCUUUAUGGUUUAUGCUAUAAUUUUGUUGUACGGUAGUUGUCUGAGUGAACAGUCUGACGUCAGUUGAAAAUGUUACGCUGGUAACCGGUUUUCCGUAACUUCACUCGUAGGCGUAUCAUAUGUACUACUACUACAGAAUCUCGACAUUUCUCCAGCACCCGCCGGACGCCUAACCGAGGCCGGGUACAGCGUUACAGCCUACAGGUGCUUGCAUCAAGUCAAGCGUGUCAAUUGCUUAAAUCUUGUCAAUAAAUCCAGUUAACGGCGGUUAUAGUCAGGUAAUUUACUAGUAAUUGUGGAGGAAACCGACAGAAGCUAAUGCCUUACGCCACUUUUCCGUCGCAUGUUAGCGAUGUUACUGACUUACUGCCUUAAAUUCAGACCCGAACAGGUCAGGCAGACCGGACCUUGUGUCGCUUGUGACUAAAAGAUUGAUUCGGACCACUUAGACCAUGACUGAACUUAGACCUCGUGAAAUAAGUAAGUGCUAAAUCAUCUUACACAAUGUUUUACUGCUCUUCAGAAUUCUUUUAUCCCGCGCAAGCCAAUUAGAUCGAGUGGCGAGAUUUGUUGGAUUCCUUUAAUGGGCUUGGUUCAACUCCAUUGUUUAUUCAAAAAUCUUUUGCUUGUAAAAAGUUACCAGUUGCUUUCAUGGUGAAUUGAAUACUGCUGUACCUCAAAGUUUCCCAAUUUUUCUUUACCAGGUGUCCCUAAAGUCAAAUGAUGGAAUAAAUGCAGCAGUAUCAUUCGUGAUGAUUGG